GGUGUGAGGAUUGCGGUAAAAGCCUUAUAGGAGAAUGCAAACUCCACGGACCACUCAUCAGGGCUAAAGAUAGGGUUAUUCCUAGCCGAGCCCGUCUCACCCUACCUCAUUACCUCACUUUGCGAGUGUUGGAGCUGCGAGCUGGAAACCAGCAGAUCCUUGGAGUGUUUGCAAAGAAAGUAAUACAGAAGAGGACACAGUUUGGUCCUUAUGUUGGUCAACUGUCUACAAAACUGACCCGCUAUGAUGAAAGCAGGCUAGUCCUGCAGGUAUUGAAAGAUGGAGGGAAAUACUUUCUGGACACUCCCAAUGAAGACUGUGGAAAUUGGAUGAUGUUUGUCCGGCUAGCCCGAAACCAAGAAGAACAGACCCUUGUGGCUUAUCAGCACUGCGGAGAAGUCUACUUUACAACUGUUAAGCCAAUUGAACCCCACACAGAAUUGAAAGUAUGGUAUGCUGCCGAUUAUGCCAAAUUUAUGGAAGCUUCUGCAGUCUUUAUUAAAGAAGAAUCUGAUGCCUGUCCUUUGCCUCCAGUAGCAAAAGAGCCUGUAGACCCUUGGACAUGCUCCAGCUGUAGAAGCACUUUUGCAACUUUUGCUCUGCUGGAAUCUCACCAGUGCAUCCAUAAAGACCGAGUCCUUACCACCAGGUUUAGACCGCCAAAUAAAUUGGGACCCGUGAAAGCGAAAAGCAAACUCAAAGGGAAACUGAAAGGAGCGGCAUUAGGCAAAAGCAUUGCCCAGUGCUUAGGGACCAUUUCCUGUUCCUCUGCUGCAAAGCUCAGUUGUGGCAGCUCAGGAAGCACUUGCGAUGCUCUUGUGAGGUUUAUACCUAAAUGGAGAAAUGGCCGGUCUUCACUGCUGAAGGGAAGAGAAGUGAAGCAGCCAGACAGUUACCCUUGCCGACUCUGUGGGAAGAUAUUUGAUUCCAUUGACAAGCUCACUGUCCACACUUACGCGCACAAAGGGGAGCGCCCCUACAAGUGUUCACAGCAAGGAUGCACAAAAGCCUUCAUUUCCAAAUAUAAACUGCUCAGGCACUCAGCCACUCAUUCUCCACAGAAGUCUCACCAGUGUGGCUACUGUGAAAAGACCUUUCACAGGAAAGACCAUCUCAAGAAUCACCUUCAGACUCAUGACCCUAACAAGAUGGCCUUCAAGUGUGAAGAGUGUGGCAAGAAGUAUAACACCAAGCUAGGCUACAAGAGACACUUGGCUCUCCAUGCAGCCACCAGCGGGGACCUUACCUGUAGGGUAUGUGCCCAGGAGUUUGGCGGUACUGAAGUUUUGUUGGAACAUCUCAAAAGCCAUGCAGGGAAACCAAAUGGCAAUAUGAAGGAAAAGAAGCAUAAGUGUGACCACUGCGAGCGUCACUUCUAUACCCGUAAAGAUGUGCGGCGUCACAUGGUGGUUCACACAGGCUGCAAAGACUUUCUGUGCCAGUUUUGUGCCCAGAGGUUUGGACGAAAGGACCACUUGACUCGCCAUACUAGGAAGACUCAUCCACAAGAAUUGCUGAAGAGCAGGCUGCAGAACAGUGACUCAGUGGGUCUCCUUGACCAGCUUCUUCCACUCAGACUGAAGGAAGAUGCCAGCAUACUGUCUCCUUUUCCCGAAAGGGUCUCUGUGCAGAAUGGCAUUUUGAAUAGUUCAGAAUCAGAGGAGUACAACUGUUCACAUCUCCAUUCCCAGCCAAACUUACAAACUGCUCUUCCUCUUGAACCUUCUCCUCAUUUGCAAAGGAUGGGCUGUGUAGACAGCCUUCCAGCUGUCCAUCCCACACCGUGCUCAGCAGCUGUUCCUGCCAACCUGAACCUUCAUCAGCCUAAUAAAUACGACCUUAGUUCUACCUCAUUCGCAGCAGGAUCCCUCAAGAAUCUGCCGAUAAAAGUAGAUGUUAAAGGUUACAACAUGCAUCUUCUUGAGGACCUGCCAUUACCAGAACCUCAAUCUCUCCCCAAAAUCAGUCUAGAAGAAGCUUCCUCAGGGCCUGUAGGGGAUACUAACAAGUACCCAGUGCACAAGGACACGGAGGCAGCAGCUGAACCUAUGAGCCUGCCUUUCAUGGAUCUCACUCAUGUGAUGAGUUUCUGGCAGCUCCCACCAGGUGACAACCAGGCCACUACUGGGGACAUUGCAAUGGCAUUUGGUCCAGAGGAACCACCACACAGGCUGAAUGGCCUCAGCCAACAGCAAGGUCUUCAGCUAGCAGCUGGUGGGAUGGCCAUAAACCAGCUGCAUCAUCUUCCUCGCUCCUUCCCACCCACUACAAAUUCUGUAACAUUGCCUCAUUUUCACCAUGCCUUCAAAUAACUAUCACAGUGGAUUGGUUUUUUUCCCUUUUUUUUUUUUUAAGACUGUGCUUCUUUCUUAAAUCUGUUAGGCUGGGGUGGUUUUGGUUUUUCUUCUUUUCUG